AUGGAUGGUGCGCUAAUAAAUUCCGUUUCAUACGUGAGUCCGCGGAAUGGUGCACAUUAUUUUGUGGACCUCACUGAGAGGCAUCUACUGGCAUUUGAAAUGCUGAAUUCUAUGUGUCUCCUGGAAAAUUACGACCAUAUGCUGCUAUUUUUGGAAUGCCAGUUGGGUAAAUCUCGCAAUUUGGCAGUUAUCCCUUUUGAUAUCAUGUUGGUUCUUUUCACUUUAUCAACUCUAUCUGAAUAUUAUAAGGAACCGGUCCUGAGGGAAAAUGAUCCAUAUAACGUGUCCAGAGAAACAUUAAGCAAGAGAGCUUUAAAAAUACUACAAAAGUAUCUCGCGAUUUUGAAGGAUUUUGAUUCUGAACAAUACAAUUUGUAUGAUUUGGAAUUGCUACGAUGUCAGUUUUUUCUGGCAAUCGACACUCUGACACCAAGAAAGCAAAAAUGGAGUUUCGAUAGAUUUAGGAGAAUAAAAUCAGAAAAAGGUGUAACUUAUAAACAGAAUGCUAGUGAAGAUCCCAAACUGGACCCAAGCAAAACUAUAAAGAAUCCCUAUAGAUCGUAUAUCAGCUGCCUUGAGCAGAGAAAUUCCAUAUUAGGCAAUCGCCUAUUGAAUUUGAAGCUGAGUGAGCCUGGAGAAUUUAUUAACAUGAUUUUAUGGACAUUAUCCAACUCAUUGCAAGAGAAUACCCCCCUGUACCUAUCAAGUCAUGAGAUUUGGAUGCCCUUACUCGAGAUAAUUAUUGAUUUAUUUAAUUGUAGACAAGGUUUCUUCAUACACCAUGAAAUAGCCCGAAAUAUAAGUAAAUCUUUAUUUGUUCAACGGUUGUCGGAGAGUCCAUUAGCAAUUUUUUUCGAAUCUCUAAAUACAAGAAAUUUUGGGAAUAGAUUCUCUGAAUAUGUGUUCCUUAACUGUGAUUACAAACUUCCAUCCGAUAAUUAUGCGACGCCGGUUCAUCCCGUGUAUAGUUGUGAAAACACUAUGGUGGAGACGUAUAUUCCUAGGUUUAAAUAUAGUCCCUUAUACAAAUCACAAAAAUCAUUAGCAUUGCGCAGAAAACUGAUUGGGUCAUGUUUCAAACUACUGCUGAGAGUACCAGAUGGUCAUAGAUUGAUUACUCCAAGAAUCGUUGCAGAUGAUGUUAUUCAGGGAAUCACACGAACUUUGGCUUCUUUUAAUGAUAUCCUGCAGUUCAAAAAGUUCUUUAUGACUGAAAAUUUAUCGCAAGAGUCCUAUUUUAUACCCUUACUAGCUGAGGGUACACUUUCAGAGAUAUUCAAAAGCACACAAGAGUGUGUAAUUAUUUUGACACUAGUCGAAAAUUUAUCUGAUGGUGUUUCAUUCUGCAACGAAGUUACUAGUUUAGUCAGGUCAAAAUGUUUUACAUUUUCUGGGCAAUGUAGUCGGGUCUCAUACGAAGAAUCCUCUUUGAUCAUUGAAAAGUGUGACGUAUGCUUAUUGGUUCUACUAAGAUAUCUUCUACAUUUGAUCGAGGCCGAUACGAUACUAGACGUUAAGGAGCAACUAGAAAUGUUGAGAAUGAUCAAAGAAAAUGACUCAAGAAGGCGAAGGUGGGUUGAACCGUUGGAACUAGGGGUUAAUCCGCCCUUGUUAUAUCCCACUGUUUCCAAAAUGUUUAGCAUUCAUCGUAAAGUAUAA